UGGACCAGGUAGAGGGGAGGCGUGCGGACUGUCAAGAGCGCUCCAGCACAAACAGCACCACUUGUCAAGAGCUGUGAAGAGACAAGAACCUCACAGAAAUCGGUCGGGACAACGCGAAGUCGUGGUUGUGUAGUUUUUUGUUUUUUCUUACUAUGGCUGACCAUCUUUUACAUUAUAAUGACUCAGCUGGGGUUGGGAACCGAUUCGCCCGCAAAGGUGCUUUGCGGCAGAAAAAUGUGCAUGAAGUGAAAAACCACAAAUUUACUGCCAGGUUUUUCAAGCAGCCGACGUUCUGCAGCCAUUGUACAGACUUCAUAUGGGGCUUUGGAAAACAAGGAUUUCAAUGCCAAGUGUGUUGUUUUGUGGUUCACAAACGCUGCCAUGAGUUUGUCAGCUUCUCCUGUCCCGGAGCCGACAAGGGCCCCGAUACAGACGACCCCAGAAGCAAGCACAAGUUCAAGAUCCACUCGUACGGCAGUCCCACCUUCUGCGACCAUUGCGGUUCGCUGCUGUACGGGCUCAUCCACCAAGGGAUGAAAUGUGACACCUGCGACAUGAACGUACACAAGCAGUGUGUUGUCAACGUGCCAAGCCUAUGUGGGACAGACCACACAGAGCGUCGGGGUCGUCUCUUCCUCAAGAUCGAGGUCAGCGGGGACAGGCUACACGUCACAGUGGGUGAAGCCAGGAACUUGAUUCCUAUGGAUCCAAAUGGUUUAUCAGACCCAUAUGUUAAACUCAAGCUUAUCCCAGACCCAAAGAAUGAGACCAAACAGAAGACCAGGACCAUCCGUUCAUCUCUCAACCCCUGCUGGAAUGAGUCCUUCACCUUUAAGCUGAAAGCAUCAGAUAAGGACCGCCGUCUGUCCAUUGAGGUGUGGGACUGGGACCGGACCACCAGGAAUGACUUCAUGGGCUCCAUGUCGUUUGGAGUGUCUGAGCUCAUCAAAGCUACCAACUGUGGAUGGUACAAGUUGCUCAACCAGGAGGAGGGAGAGUACUACAACGUUCCCAUCCCCGAGGUGGAUGACGUCAACCUGGAGCUCCGACAGAAGUUUGAGGCCUGCCAGUUAAAUAUCCACUAUCUCAAGAAAGCCAAGCUGGGCCAUGGAAAGAAAGUGAUCACGCCAUCAGACCACCGGCGGUUCAGCCUGCCUUCAGGUAACAUGGACCGGGUCCGACUCAGCGACUUCAACUUCCUGGCCCUACUUGGGAAGGGCAGCUUCGGCAAGGUAAUGUUGGCAGAGAUGAAGUCGACAGAGGAGCUGUACGCCAUCAAGAUCCUGAAGAAAGACGUGGUGAUCCAGGAUGACGAUGUUGAAUGUACGAUGGUGGAGAAGAGGGUCUUGGCCCAGAGAGACAAACCGCCUUUUCUCACGCAGCUCCACUCCUGCUUCCAGACUGUGGAUCGGCUGUACUUUGUAAUGGAGUACAUUAACGGAGGAGACCUCAUGUAUCAUAUCCAGCGUAUGGGGAAGUUCAAGGAGCCACAGGCAGUGUUUUAUGCUGCAGAAAUUGCUGUUGGUUUGUUUUUCUUGCACCGAAAGGGAAUCAUCUACAGGGAUCUGAAGCUCGACAACGUGAUGCUGGACUCUGAGGGCCACAUCAAGAUAGCUGACUUUGGCAUGUGUAAGGAGAACAUGUAUGAAGGCAUGACCACACGCACCUUCUGUGGCACACCAGACUACAUCGCUCCAGAGAUUAUAGCAUAUCAACCCUAUGGAAAAUCAGUCGACUGGUGGGCUUAUGGAGUUCUUCUGUAUGAGAUGCUGGCAGGACAGCCACCGUUUGAUGGAGAAGAUGAGGAUGAGCUCUUCCAGUCCAUCAUGGAGCACAAUGUGUCCUAUCCCAAGUCCAUGUCAAAAGAAGCUGUAUCCAUCUGCAAGGGACUGAUGACCAAACACCCAUCAAAGCGUCUUGGCUGUGGCCCAGAGGGAGAGAGGGACAUCAGAGAGCAGGCCUUCUUCAGACGCAUCGACUGGGACCGCCUGGCCAACAGAGAGAUCCAGCCGCCAUUUAAACCCAAAGUGUGCGGCAAAGGAGCAGAAAAUUUUGACAAGUUUUUCACACGUACCCAGCCUGUGCUGACCCCUCCCGACCAGCUGGUCAUCGCCAACAUUGAUCAGAGCGAGUUUGCUGGUUUCUCCUACAUCAACCCUCAGUUCAUCCAUCCAUCCCUGCACAGCGUUGUAUGAAAAGGGUGACCAACGUGAAAAAAUAUGGACUGUCACUGAAUACAGGACCCUUCCAAAAUCCAACAAACGUCCCCUCUGUCAACAGACUCAUAUCAUCCUCUGAAGUGUUCUGUCUACUAGUUACCAAUAUCUGUGUACAGAAAUGACUGAGGAGAGAGGGGGUAAGUGUUAAUAUUAUGUUAAGUACAAUCCGAAGUGAGUGAAAAAGUAGAAGGCACUGAUAUUUUCCCCUAAACAUCUCAUUAUAUGUUCUUCUGAAUCUGUAUCUGUGUUUCUCCGGACCUGCAGCCUUUUUCUCGUGUAUGAAUGUGUCCCAGUAUCAGUUACUAUCUCAUUAGGUAUUAAACAUGCAAGACCCUUCUCAUCCCAUUUAUGUUCACCAUUUUACUACGCAACAAGCUGCAAUGCACGACAAGAACGGAGAUUUUUUUUCCGAUCUGUCCCGGCUUUAUCUACUUCUGAACUGCUACAUGUGUAUAUUAUAUUUAUAUACUCACAGAAAGAGGUAGUAUACUGUUACAUGAGUGCCAAAGUAGAAGUGGAAGAAAACAUUUCUAUUGCAGUUCGUUUCUUGAAGUCCUUGUAAUGUUUUCCCCCUCUAGCCUUCCCAACAGUGUCAACACAAUAAAGCCCCUACGCAGGGAUCGUUUCUAUCUGUUGUUUUGUAGAACGUGGAAUUACACUGUAUCCAAUCAACAUAGAGAAACAGAAGCACAUUCUGCUUACAGUUACAAUCUGUCUGGACCUUUUCAAAGCAGUGGGUGUUGCCUACAGUGGGUGAAUGCAGAAUAUAUGGUCAGAAAACUGUGGAUCAAAGAGACAGUAUUUUAAAGUAUAAAGAUGUUAUUUCCAUACGCACAAAGCAGAUCUCUGUUGCAUGCUUAUUUUCUGACUGUAUGAGCAGUAGACUCUAGGAUGCAGUACGUGUCUGGUAUCAUUGUAAAGUUUAGUAUUAUGAUAUAAACUACGUUGAUAUAUAAUUGUUGUAUGUUAUGAAGAGUCUUAUUCUGAAGAAGUUUCUAAUUGUUAAGGCAAAAGGUUUUGUUCCUGUUUUAUGUUCUGCUUAACUCAACUUUUAUGUCCUAAUGUAUGUCCUUAUUUUUUUUUGUUUCUGUUUUUUUUUUGUAAAUAUGUUUCAAAAGAGAUGUUUCGAAAAGAGAAGUUACUUGCAGAUUUUAUACUAUGAACUGAAUGUGCUUUUAUUACCUUAGACAGUUUGAACAUUUCUAUGUUUAGAUUACCCCGAAGAAGAGAUAUAUAAUGUUUGGCUGAAUCUUUGGUAGCUUUGGUAUCAGCAAACCUUGUUAUAUGUAUUUCCACUAUUUAUCCAUUGUUUUCUACUACUCAGUGUCAUAUAGAGAAUAUGCAGCACCUACUGUGCGUGAAACAGUUGAAUGCCCUUUUGCCUUGGUCGUCUCAGGGCUGGCUCCCUCUGUAACAAACUGAAUUCAAAACCAAGUUAAUGGUAUGAGGAUUUCAGAAAACAUGUCUUUUCUUUAUAUAUUGUGUGCAUGCCUGAGGCGAGGCCUGAUCUAAGCAUGAGAAAGACCCCUGCAUGAUACAGAGAUCCCCGAUGUGGAGCAUGGAGUUUCCCCACCUUGUUGCACAGAGUGAGACAAACCAGUCCAACGAGCAUCGUUUGCUUUUCUGCUCAUCUCUUUUCACUCGCUGUCAUGUAGCCCAACCUUUUUGGCUAAAAGGCUGAAUUUUGAACAGACAAAUAUAUGUAAAAUAUUUAUGUUGGCUUUUUGUUUCAUGGUGCCAAACUGAGUCUUUUUGUUUCCAGUCAGGUUUGUCGAGCAGUUUUUUUUGUUUUUUUUUUCUUUGAGAGGCUACUACUGCGGUACACAAAGCUACAACAGUGAGAUUUUGUAAAACUACCAAAUUUAGAAAGGCUAUCUACUGUACCACAGCUCUUAACCCCCUGAAUGAUUUACUUAUCAUGUAGACUGCAGCUGUCACAUCCGGACCAAAAUGGGAUUUAUUUUAAAGCUUUUAAAGUUUAAAAAAAAAAAAAAGAAUGUUUACAUAUCUCACAUUGAGAAACUGUUUCAGAGGAGAGAUAAAAAAAUAAAUAAAUAAAAAAAAAAAACAAAAACAGAGAUUUAAGACAACCUUUGGACCCAUGACAAAGAUAACCAAAUGUUAGGCCAGUCAGGGUACAGUACCACUACAGGCUACAAUUAGAGCCACAGGGAUGUUUGUAUGUGUUUCCUUCCACUGCCCCUGCUUUUGUUAACCUGGUUCUUCUUGUUCCUCUGUUCAUUGUGCUAUGACAGAUACUGUGUAAAAAUAAAGUAUGAAAAAUA